UUCCCUAUUGAAUUGUGACUAAUGUUAUUUAGUCGUAUAACAUAUUUGCGCUUAGCGAAAUAUGUGCACUAUUCCGCUAAGCAACCCACUGACAUGAAGUUUCUAAAUGUGGCCGAGAAGAAUGAUGCUGCGAAGACCAUCGCCGGCCUCCUAUCCGGUGGCUCAGCGAAUCGUCGUGAAGGCUACUCAGUGUACAAUAAGGUUUACGAUUUCGAGGCGCAGGUGCGUGGUCAGAAUGCCAAAAUGGUGAUGACCUCUGUCUCGGGCCAUCUGAUGCAGGUUGACUUUCUCGCCUCAUAUCGCAACUGGCUCAAUGUGGAUCCACGAUCGCUGUUCGAUGCGCCCAUACGCAAAACCGUGGGCGAGAACUAUGAGCCCAUUAAACGGACGCUGGAGCGCGAGGUGCGCGGCUGUCAAGGCCUGAUCAUCUGGACGGAUUGCGAUCGCGAGGGCGAGAACAUUGGCUAUGAAAUUAUCAACGUCUGCCGCGCCAUUAAGCCAAGUUUGACUGUGUAUCGCGCCAGUUUCUCAGAGAUUACGACGGCCUCAGUGCGUCGCGCCCUGCAGCAGCUUGGGCAGCCUGACAAACGACAGAGCGAUGCAGUGGAUGUGCGUACAGAGCUGGAUUUGCGCACAGGUGCAGCCAUAACGCGUUUUCAAACAAUGCGCCUGCAGCGCCUAUUCCCCGAGAAGAUUGCCAGAAAUCUCAUCUCGUAUGGCAGUUGCCAAAUACCAACAUUGGGAUUUGUCGCGGAGCGCUACAAGGAGAUCGAAGCAUUUGUCUCCGAGCCCUUCUGGAAGAUCAGAGUGCUGCACACCAUUGAGGAUUUGACGGUGGAGUUUAAUUGGGCACGCAACCGCUUGUUUGAUAAGGAGGCUUGUGAGAAUUAUCUGCUCCUGUGCAUGUCUGAGCCAGAACCACGUGCCACUGUGGAGAGUGUGACAGUGAAGCCAAAGCACAAAUGGCGACCCACACCGCUGGAUACCGUGGAAAUGGAAAAGCUGGGCUCUCGCAAACUGAAGCUCUCCGCCAAGGAGACAAUGACCAUUGCCGAGAAGCUCUACAGCCAGGGUAUUAUCAGUUAUCCGCGCACAGAGACCAAUCAGUUCUCCAAGGAAUUCGAGCUAGCUCCGAUCGUAGCGCAGCAGACGAGCCACGAAGCAUGGGGCGCAUUCGCGCAGCGUGUGCUCGAAUGGGGACCAAAUCCACGCAAUGGCACCAAAUCCGAUCAGGCGCAUCCCCCCAUACAUCCCAUCAAGCUGGUAACUGGUCUCCAAGGCAACGAGGCACGCGUCUAUGAGCUAGUCGUGCGUCACUUUCUCGCCUGUGUUAGCAAGGAUGCAGUUGGAUCAGAGACGAUUGUUAAUAUCGACAUUGCCGGUGAGAAGUUCAGCGCCAAUGGACUGGUCAUACACGAGCGUAACUAUUUGGAUGUGUAUGUGUAUGAAAACUGGAGCGCCAAGCAGAUACACAACUAUGAGCGGGGCCAGCGGUUCGAGCCCACAGAGAUAAUGCUGCACGAGGGCGCAACAACGGCUCCACCGCUGCUGACCGAAGCGGAUUUGAUAGCGCUAAUGGAGAAGCAUGGCAUUGGCACAGAUGCAACGCAUGCGGAGCAUAUAAAUACUGUCAAGAAGCGUGGCUACAUUGGCGUUGUGGACAAGGGGGCUCUCGUGCCGGGCAUCAUUGGCAUGGGCCUUUAUGAGGGCUAUGACGCCAUGGAGCUGGCCUUAGCCAAGCCGCUUCUGCGCGCUGAAUUCGAAGCGGAUCUGAAACGCAUUUGUCUGGGUGAAAAGGAUCCCAGGCUAGUGCUGAGCGAGCAAAUUGUUAAGUAUAAACAGGCCUAUCAACAGAUUAUGGAUAAGAUUACAGCCAUGGAUGCCAAAAUAUCGCAGCGCCUCAAUGAAACCCCAGCGGUGCCGAGUGCGACUGAUAAUCCAUCGGGGCAGACCAGUGGAAUGGUGCGUGAGCUCUUUCCAUGCCCCCAGUGCGACCAAGCGCAACUCGCUCUCAAACCGAAGAAGAAUCAGACGAGCUUCUUCAUUGGAUGCCUUAAUUUCCCAGACUGCAAGAACGUCGUGUGGCUGCCCGAAGAGUGCAAGGAGUAUAGUGUGCUGGAUGAGUGCUGUCCCAACUGCGGUGAUGGUUAUCACAUGCUUAAGUUCCGUCUGAGCAGCGCCUAUUAUCGGGGUCUAUUCAAUGCACCGAAUGGCUGGUACAAGAACUGUCUGCGCUGUGAUGAGCUUUUCCGUAGCACGUUCAACAUCAAUCUGGAUCAGGUGAAACGGGUCGGUGGUAUUGUGGGACAGGCGGCGGGGCCGGGAGGCGGUGCUGGCCUAGGUCCGGGACCUGGAGGAGGCGGAGGUGGAGGCGGCGGAUCAGGAGGAGGCGGUGGCCCUCCCAGUGGCGGUGGACCUCCCAGAGGUGGCGGCAGUAGCGGCGGUAGCGGUCCCAUCAGUGGUUGGGGUACACAUGGUAGUGCAUCUGGCUCCCAAAAAACAGUCAAACCACAACCGAAAAAACCAAAGGCAACAACAGCUGCUGGAACAGCAACAGGCGCCAAGAAGGCAACGAGAACCAAGCGCACUCAAUCAACAGAGAGCAUUAGGAGCUAUUUUACGGGCCGGAGGCAGGAUACGGCGAGCCUGGAUGGCUUCUUCGACAGCAACGAUGGCUUCGAGGAACAACUGCUCGCUGCAGCAACCAUGGUAGAGUCAAUAGCUCCUCCCGAAUUCGAUGCAGACAUUGCUUCCGCAUUUGCUGACGACGAUGAUGCGGACUUUGAGGCGCUUGUAAAUGGGGACAGCAACAGCAGGCCGCCAGCAGCAGCUGCUGUUGGUUUGGACACCAGUUUAACGCAGUGGAUUCGCAAUGCCUACGAGUCCGAAGAGCAGCCUAUGCUGUGGGGCAGGCAAGCGCGUGUUGCUGCCGACGUACAACCCGCUGCAAAGCGACCACGUUUGAAUGUCAACGAUUCAGUUGCUCUUCCUGCAGGAGCUGUUGCCACCACUACAGAGGUAGUGCUUUGCAGUGGCUGUCAUCAACCGGCGCGUCAGCAAACUGUUCGCCGCGAUGGACCCAAUCAGGGACGACAGUUCUACAAGUGUCCCAAGCCAAAAGAGUGCAAGUUCUUCCAGUGGGCAGAUGAGCAGCCGUCAGCAACAACAUCGACAGCAAGCAAUUGGAACAGCGCCAGCAGUAGCAGUAAUUCCUCAAGCUGGGGUACAAGAACUGAUAAUCAGCGAGUUGCAGGCAACUCUAAGGAAGUCGGCAACUCAGAUUGGGGUUCCCGAGGAGCAGGAAAUACGUCUUCACGCAACUCUCCGGACACAGAUUCAUGGGGCAGUGGCAACAACUCCUUACGUACCACAAGCGGAACUGUUCAGCAAACCACAAGCGCCCCUCAAGCUGCCAAUUCAUGGGGUAGUAAAAGCUCUACGGCCGCUACCUCAUGGGGUAGUAAACCCCCCACAGCUGCCACCAGCAGCAGCAUCGGCAGCAGCAUCGGUAGCACCUUCAUGCGCUCAAAUUCCAGCAGCACGGUCACCAUCACCCAACCUUUGAAAUCAAGCGAUAUUAAAUGCAACUGCGGCAAACCCGCCAGCAGCCUCACCGUGCGCAAGAAUGGACCCAAUCAGGGUCGCCCCUUCUAUGCGUGUCCGACGCGCGAGAAGACCUGCGGUUUCUUUCAAUGGGGCGAUACGGAUAAGAAUCAAGCAGAAAUAUCCAAUGCAGCCGGGGGCUCUAAGGGCGCCUCCAAAUCUAGCUGGGGUUCCGGCAAUCAACGCUCUCAGCAGCAAAGUGAGGCAAGCGGGAGCCGGACAGGGCGACGCUGUGGUCUGUGCCGCGGGGAAGGACACACGCGCAUCAAGUGCCCUCGGAAAGCGGAAUUUGAUUACUGAAAGUUGCACAAGUAAUCAAAAAGAAGCAGACAUGUGCAUUAAUUUCGUUAAUUAUAGUUUUAAACAUUUAUUGGAGCGAGCAACAUAUAUCGGUUAUAUAGUCCAACCCAUCCGUGGGUUGGGGUUACUAAGCUUUACUUUAUAGCUUGUAUAGCGCGAAAAUAAGAGGGAUAUGUAAAAUACACACGCACAGUUAAGGUACACGUUCUGUAUAUACGAUGUAUAUAUCGUAAUUUAAAAAAUAUAAAUAUAUAUAUAUAUAUAAUGGGCGCGUUGUUGAAGAUCAUUUAUAAGUGAAAAUAGGCUAAAUGUAAACUUGCCAUAUACUGUUUAAUACUCACAGAACAUGCCUUUGAAAUUGUAUACAAACUAUUCGAUUGUUAGAAUUAAACAUUUUUAAAUACAGCUUAAAUUUUGUUAAGCUAAUACUGCA